AUGCUCGAAUUCACGCCGCUUUCCGGGCCGUACGUGCCGCGGGAAGGGAAGAAGAGCAAGGAUGUUUUGGACGAGGAGCGUCCAAAAGCGCUUGCGUACCUGAUCGAGAUAGAUGGGUACCGCAUCCUUCUGGACUGCGGCGCGCCGGAAGACUACAUCUUUGCGCCAUUGCCGAUCGACGACGAAACUAUGGAUACGGACGAGCAGCCUGUGCCCUUCGCUGGCACACUGCCCAAGAUUCUUGAGCGCAUAGCACCCAGCAUCGAUAUUGUACUGCUUACCCACGCAGAGAUCUCGCACCUUGGGCUGUAUGCGUACGCACGCGCAAAGCUGGGUUUGCAGUGCCCUGCGUUUGCGACACUUCCCGUGCAGACCAUGGGGCGUCUCGCGACGACCGAGGCUGUGCGUGCGUGGAGCGCAGAGGCGGAUCUCGGGAAGCCCAUGCGCCUGCUCCCGACGGAGAACGAGGUGGACGAAGCGUUCGAGGCGCUACGUACACUCCGCUAUUUACAGCCCACGCCGCUUGACGGCAAAGGCGCAGGCCUCGUCCUCACCGCGUACAAUGCAGGACAUUCGCUGGGCGGCACAGUAUGGAAGCUGCGCUCGCCGUCCAUGGGCACCGUCGUGCUUGCGCUCGACUGGAACCAUAACCGCGAGCGCCACUUGGACGGCACCGCACUGCUCCCUUCGCUGACCACCCAAGACGCUGCGCACUCUACGGCCGGCUCGGUUGGGCGUGCCGACGUGCUUGUGACAGACAUCGAGCGUGGCCUGCUGACCAACUCGCGGCGCAAGGACCGCGACGCUGCACUGCUCGACCGCAUCCACCACACGCUCGUCAACGGGCACUCGGUCCUGAUUCCUGUAGACAGCGCCGCGCGCCUUUUGGAACUCUUAGUUCUAUUGGAUCAGCACUGGGCGUAUGCAUAUGCACACCAACGAUACCCCCUGUGUCUCGUGAGCCACACGGGCCAGGAAUUUGUCGAGCGCGCGCGCACGUUUCUCGAGUGGAUGUCGCGCGAAUGGGCGGCACAGCUGCUUGCGGACGAUGCCGGCAAAGGACGGCGCCGCCAGAAACAGCUCGCUUCGCUGAAAUCUCCCCUCGAUUUUCCGUUUCUGCGGUACUAUUCCUCUGUCGAUGCAAUGAAAGCCGCACUCACACACUCACAGCCAAAGGUCGUGGUCGCAACCCCAGCGUCGAUCACGCAUGGGCCUGCGCGCGCUUUGCUCUCCGACUUUUUGCCCAACCCCGAGUCGCUCGUUUUGCUUCUCUCGCGCGGCGAGCCGGGAAGUGUGAUGCGGACGCUGUGGGAGCGCUGGAAUACCCAGCAGGAGGAUGGCGACGCUUGGCGCCGCGGCAAAGUCGGCGCGCCAGCGAGUCCAGGCGGACAAGUCACGUACGAACUGCGCCGCAGGGUGCGUCUUACUGGCGAGGAGCUGCGCGCCUACUUGGAGCGCGAGCAGCAAGCCAAGGAGCACGAAGCACAGCAGCAGCGCGCUCCCGCGCGUCCCCGGCCACAGCUGGAAGCAGACGAGGAGGAGUCGAGCAGCUCCAGUGAUUCCAGCGACGAGGAGCAGGUCGUGCCGAUCGACGCGCACAGGAUGCGCACGAUUGCGCCGGACCGCCUCGGCGCACAGGACAGCGCGCGCCAAGUAUCCUUUGACAUUUAUCUGCGCGGCCAUGCAAGCCGCGCGCCUUUGGACGAGCGCGCUGCAUACGGCGCAGGCGCACACUACCGCAUGUACCCAUUUGUCGAGCGCAAGCGCAAAGUAGAUGGGUAUGGCGAGGCGAUCAAUACCGCGCGCUGGAUCAACCAGCGCCGGCGUCUGCACGAGGAGCACGAGGAGCAGCUGGAUCCUGCUUGGCGCACCGAGACGAAGCAAGUAAAGAAGCCCGUUGCACAGCCCGAGCCGCCGUCCAAGUAUACAGUGCAACAGCACACCGUGCCGCUGCGCAGCCACUUGAUGUACGUGGACAUGGAAGGCUUGAACGACGGGCGUGCGCUCAAGACACUCAUUCCUCAGCUGCAGCCGCGGCGCCUGAUUAUGGUCAAUGGCGACGCCGCGACGAAUGCAGACCUGCUAUCCAUGCUUCUUUCUGUGCGCGGAAUGUCCCAGGAUAUUUACGCGCCGCGCCCCGGCGCGACGGUGCGCAUCAGCGGGCUUGCCCACGCGUACAGCGUCAAGCUCGGCGAUGCGAUCCUCUCUGGCGCGCGCUGGAGCAAAGUCGAGGAGUACAAUCUUGUGCACAUCCAUGCCGUCCCGGAAUUUACCGCGGACGGCGAAGCACCGACGCUGGUGCGCGCCGUGCCCGAGACCGAAGCGCAACACUCCGCCUCUGCCGCACUCUCGACGCUGUACAUUGGCGACUUGAAGCUGUCUGCACUCAAGGCGCUGCUCGCGCGCAAGCACCGAAUCCGCGCAGACUUUGCGGGGGAAGGUGUCUUGGUCUGCGACGGCGCCCAAGGACAGCGCGCCAAGAGGGACGAGCAGCGCAGCGUCACCGUCACCAAGGGGGGGCACGGCAAGAUUGUGGUCGAGGGCAACCUCUCCACGAGCUUGGGGCGCGUGCGCCAAUCUGUGUAUGAUUUGUAUGCACAGGUGCACCAGUAG